AUGGCAGCAAGCCAGGAAGCCACAUCGGCUCCAGGUAGGCUUUUACGGAACGGUCCGGGACUGUCUUCAAUUGGCCCCAUCAACUACAGCCACGUAUUCGACUGUCCCGCUCUGUUGAGGCCGUUCAUCAUAGAGAAUGGCCGAGUGCUUUACCAGAACCGCUUGCGGCCAAAAGGUUCUGCCUCUCGAAUCGUCGUCUCCGAGUUUGGAACCGUGGCGCAUCCUGACCCUUGUGCCACCGUAUUCGAUCUAUUGGCAUCGUACUUCUCCACGGACUUGACGGACAACGCUCUGGUAAACGUGAUGCCCGUGGGCGACGAGGUGCACGCCAUGACGGAGACACCUCAUAUGGCUCGAGUGGACCCUGCGUCGUUGGAGACUCUGGAGAAGAACACCUUGAGAGAUUUGGUGGCGGUGCACAUGGCCACCGCCCACCCACAUUUGGACCCUGACGACGGUGCUACGUACAAUAUCGGUACACACGUAGGUGCGCGAAAUUCCUUCGUGCUUGUGCACUUUCCUUCCGGUGGAUCUGAAAACUCGGUGGACCACGUCAGAGCCGUGGGUACGAUACCGUUACAAUCUCAGAUAUCUGUGCCGUACAUCCACAGUUUCGGAAUGACCGAAAAUUGGGUGGUCGUGCUGGAGCAGUCUCUGUCGAUGCACCUGCCUUCCAUGUUCACGUCGAGGUACCUGGUCUACAAGGCCUACAUGAACGCCCUGAAGUUUGACGCCAAGAAGAACGUCCACUUUCACGUAAUGAACGAGAAGACGUGGAAGCUUCACACCACCGUGUUUGAGUCCGCCGCAUUUUUCACUUUCCACCACAUCAACGACUUCGACCAGGGCGACGAACUCGUGGUCGACCUAAUAUGUUUCGACGACGACACCAUCAUCUGGAGCCUCGACUACACGGUAGAGAAGCCCGUCGUGUUCAAGAUGGGACACAUGUGUCGUUUUUCGCUGCCGCUGAAUCGACGCCCGGGCGAGCGUGUGAUCAUCGAAUCUCGGGAACUAGCAAAGGGCAAGCUGCGCGGGUGCUGA